AUGGAACUGCAGUUUCAUGCGUUCAUUUCCUACAGCGAGCGCGAUUCAUUGUGGGUGAAGAACGAGCUGAUCCCAAACCUGGAGAAGGGGGAGGGCUGUGUACGACUGUGCCAGCAUGAGAGAAACUUUAUCCCUGGCAAGAGCAUUGUGGAGAACAUAAUUAACUGCAUUGAGAAGAGCUACAAGUCGAUCUUUGUGUUGUCUCCCAACUUUGUGCAGAGCGAGUGGUGUCACUAUGAGCUGUACUUUGCCCAUCACAAGUUAUUCAGUGAGAAUUCCAACAGCUUAAUCCUCAUUUUACUGGAGCCGAUCCCUCAGUACGUUAUCCCUGCCAGAUAUCACAAGCUGAAGGCUCUCAUGGCAAAGCGAACCUUCCUGGAGUGGCCGAAGGAGAGGAGCAAGCAUCCCCUGUUCUGGGCUAACCUGCGGGCGGCUAUUAGCAUUAACCUGCCAAUGGGUGAUGGAAAAAGGUAUAUUAAUUCUGCUGGACCAUUUUCUGUAUCCACAAAUCUUUCCCUCCUUGGGUUUUCUGAUUCUUAG